AAAUUGAGCAGUCUCAAAACUGCAGUCCUGAAACUUGAGAAAGGAAAAUUUGUGCGGUAAAAACAAACUUUGAUUGCCCUUUUACCGUAUAUGUAGCGUUUUUACCGCCACCACGGUCAGAUCUCCAUCAUCUUCUACCUUCAGUGUCAAUUUUUAAACAGUUGACAGGAAAACUGGAGUUGAUCCGACGGAUUUGUUUGGAUUUCCCUGCACUACUGUGGGGAGGGGGGCGACCGUAACGAAACUGUGAUCUCAUCAGACACUUACGGAUCAUGACAAGCCAUCUCUCGGCUAUACCGUAAGACUGACAGAAAUCAGACGACAGUCAUGGCUACAGCACAGCCACCGACAGCAGAGAACCUCACAGCCCCGGCUGCAGCUAGCCAGACGGCGGCGGGACCGGGCACAGGGGCGGCCGGGGGACAGACAGUCGGCGGGACGGAGAGCCCCGCCCCGGGGGCCGCAGGUGGAGGAGCCGCCGCCCCGGUCAGCUUCGUGUGCCAGAGAUGCGGGCAGCCCCUCAGACUAGACGCCUCUCUCACAGCUCUGGACCAGGGCACCCUUGACGAGCUGACAGCACCCCUGGUGGCCGGAGAGGAGGGGGAGGGGGGCAGGAAGGAGGAGAGGGGGAGACAGGAUGUCAGGUUUGAGGAGACUCGGGAGGACGGGGUCAUCAGGAAACUCAUACCUGCUGCAAGGUUGACCUCAGUGGAGAGCGGCAGUGGGUUCACCCUGAUCGAUGCUGAUGGCAGAGACAACCCCAGUCAUAGGUUAAAGGUCACCAGCCACCUGUUUGACAUCAUGUCGGGACAGACUGACGUGGACCACCCCCUGUGUGAGGAGUGUACAGACACCCUGCUAGAUCAGCUGGACCAGCAACUCAGAAUAAUAGAGGACGAGUGUAAGGACUACAGGGAGUUCCUUGAGAAGCUGAAGCUGACAGAGGACCACAGUACCGAGGAGCAGCAGCUUCAGGCACAGCUCAACAAGCUGAAGGCCGAGGAGAAGGAGUUGAUGCGGGUUCUGGAGCAGGUGGAGACGGAGCGCUCCGACAUUGCGCGGGAGGUCGUCGUGGAAACGGCGGAAUCAGAAAGGCUGGACCAGGAGGAGGAGAACAGGUACUGGCAGGAGUACGGCGAGUACAAGCGUCAGCUGCUGGAGCUCGAGGACGAUCAGCGCAGCGUCGAUAACCAGCUCCGCUACGCACAGUACCAGCUGGACAAGCUCCGCAAGACAAACGUCUUCAACGCUACAUUCCAUAUAUGGCACAGCGGCCAUUUUGGCACCAUCAACAACUUCCGGCUGGGACGCCUUCCCAGCGUGCCCGUGGAGUGGAGCGAGAUCAACGCGGCCUGGGGUCAGACCGUGCUGCUGCUGCACGCGCUCGCCAAGAAGAUGAACCUCAAGUUUGAAAGAUACCGUCUGGUCCCCUAUGGGAACCACUCCUUUCUGGAGUCUCUCACAGACAAGUCUAAGGAGCUUCCGCUGUACGGUUCUGGUGGUUUCCGAUUCUUCUGGGACACCAAGUUUGACCAGGCCAUGGUGGCAUUCCUGGACUGUCUGCAGCAGUUUAAGGAAAGAGUGGAGAGGGGAGACACUGGGUUCUGUCUACCUUAUAGGAUGGCUAAUGGGAAGAUAGAAGACACAGGAGGCUCAGGCGGCUCCUACUCUAUCAAAAUCCAGUUCAACUCAGAAGAGCAGUGGACGAAGGCGCUCAAGUUCAUGUUGACCAACCUGAAGUGGGGCCUGGCCUGGGUGUCAUCCCAGUUCACCCACAAACCCUGACCCUGUCUGUGUUUCAUCCAAAAUCUGUAUGGGUGUUUUCAUCAUAGCUUACCCAUGAAAGCUAUUGUU